AGCGGGCUGACACCGAGCAACACAGAUGCAGAUCGGAAGCAGUGAAGCUCCAUCAAAACAAACGCCAUUACAACUCCAGUCGACAACAAGAACAUCGUGUAACACUUUCGUCGACCGAAGCCUCCGUUGUUCUGCGAAGACUCGGCGUUUUGAAUCGGGCACAAUGGGCCGCAUCUUCCUGGAUCACAUUGGCGGGACCCGUCUCUUCUCUUGUGCCAACUGUGACACAAUUCUGACCAACAGAGCCGAGCUCAUCUCCACCCGCUUCACUGGGGCCACCGGUCGGGCUUUCCUCUUUAACAAGGUGGUGAAUCUGCAGCACAGCGAGGUGCAGGACCGAGUCAUGCUAACGGGCCGACACAUGGUGCGCGACGUCAGCUGCAAGAACUGCAACAGCAAACUGGGAUGGAUGUACGAGUUCGCCACGGAGGAGAGCCAGCGCUACAAGGAGGGCCGAGUCAUCCUGGAGAGGGCGCUGGUGAGGGAGAGCGAGGGCUUCGAGCACGCUCCCUCCGACAACUCCUGAGGCGUCACCGCCUCUUUGGUCUCCUCCUGCAUCGCUGCAUGGAUACUUCGCCAUCUGUGACACCAAAAUAUCUUCCAAGUGGAAGCAGUGGACUGUUGAGAGAUUUGGCUUUUCUUAUCACCUGCUUUUUACGUGUCCAGCCUGCUGUGAUUUCCCGCUCGUGCGUGGGGUUUGUGAAGUUUCAGCUGCUGCCUGCAGGGAAGUGACGACAAAAGGGUGGUUCGGUUCUGACAACAGGCCACGCAGCGUUUGUCUCGCUAUUUCUCUGCAACAUUCCCACGCCAGAAAAGGAAGUCUGCUCUUCACAUUCUUUCAUUUACUUUUCAGAUCAGCAGCCUGGACGAUCAGAUGGAACACGAAUAAGACAAACGUCUGUGUAAACAGUGACCCAUUUUUGCACCAUUCGAGUCCCUCGGGAUCUAUACUUGAACAUUUUUGGAUUCGUCUGAUUGAUUCACCCUAUUUGUUUGACUUUUAAUUUUUGAAAUAAACUUUUAAAUACAGUUUGCUGCAUUUAAAAGUUUAAAUGUAUUUAAUUUCAUCUUAUUCAAAAUGUACAUUGAGUGAAUUGAGUUGUUCUUUGGUCAAAAGAAAUAAAUCCAUAUUUAUGGAAAUGUUUUUUUUAAUUGCCUUUUUUCUCCAAAUGAUUUCAUAAGUGACUUUUUUCAUCCUGAAUUAUUUUCUUCUAGUAUUCAGAUGAUUUAAUCAGUUGUCUACUGAUACUACGAAGAAGAAAACACAUGUAUUUAAAGUAAUAACUGAGACAUGAGAUGGCUUUUAUUUAAAAACAUGGUUGCCUCCGCCCUGACAUCGCUCCCCUCUUUGGCUCCUGUCAUUGCUCUGGAUGGAUUGAUCCCAAAUAUUUGAACUGUUCUGCAUCAGUUCUCUCCUUCACGCUCAGCAAACAUGUGCUUAUCCUCUGUUUUCCACCUCAUUUGUCCAUCAUUAUUGCGAUGAAUACAUGAAAAAUAAACGUUACUGAAAGGU